AUGGUGAGCUCCAACAGCGCGGUUGUUGUCGACACCGAGCUGAGGCGCUACGGCUCUUGCAGGCCUCCGGAUAGCCUCUACAUCAAAGCCGGAGAUGCUCACGAGAGCAAGGCUUUGUGCUGGGGACUUAACUACCUGUACAGAAACGACGCAUCCAUCUCGUCACCAAGUUCGGAACAACCACCCUCACUCAAGCAGCGUCGGCCGAGCCGUAGCCUUCCAAUGGGCAUGGUGACGGAUGCCACAUCCAUCCGUUUGACUGGGAAUGCCGUCGGCCAGAGCGAAGUCCGUUGCGUAGUCGGUGGAAAAGCAGACACAACUGGAUGGCGACUUUGCUGGAGUUCCUUGCGCCUCAUGGCUGUGAAUACGAUGGCCAGUGAUUCGGCGAGCGCCAUUGACUGUCAGAUACGAAGCGCUCUUGUCAGUACUGGAGCCUUCAGGGCUCGCCCUCGCCUCUUGCUUAUGAAUCCAGGCAACCCGUCCGGCAUCAUGGGCCGAGGCAGGCGGAGCAGUCGACAUGGUUUAAAGAUCCGCAACUCCCGUCCGCAAGAAAUGAUGCUGAGCUGGGGCCCAUUUCCUUCGAAAUCCCCACGGAUCCGCGAAUACGCUCGCACCAUCAUUCGACGCUGGCUUGCACGAGUGAAGCCGUUUCCAGCGCACUACACCGGUCUCGUUGUUGCUUGGGGCAUCACCUGGCCGGCGUUGAGAAACAGACAGACAGGUCGUGACAGGACAUUGGACAGCAUCAAGCCAAACGACAUCAGCGACAAACCCAUCAUCAGCCAGUGGAACAAACAUCAACCGGGAGGCUACAGCGAUAUCGACAGCGUGUAA